CAGCGACUGCAGCACGUUUACUGCUCGGAGGACGUUUCAACUCGCGACAUUUCGCUUUUCUCGUUAAUCCGUAAAUUCACCGAGUUCCGUUCUCGUUCCGGAUCGUCUUGAACGGUCGGCAAUCGAAGGAUCGCCCUUCCGAGGAUUUUUAACGCUGCGGGAUUCCGUGAGCCCAGGAACCGAUCGCAUGUCAGCCGUCGCGCAUUUUCCAAUCGCUACUCCUCCACUGCCUGCAACUGCCCUCGAUCGGUUCAGUGUCAAUUUUAAGUUUCUUCGUUUACUGUGCUCGUUCCUUCGAUCCCGUCGAUCUGCAGAGACUCGUGCAUUUGUGCGUUGCCUUUUUUCCGAACGCAAGGAUACUUCGAGUGGUGUCGUGCGAACUCUUCGGACUUACCGGACUCCUAGUGCGCUCUUGCCUCGUCGAGGAUUUCCUUACCGGAUGCUAUAACCGGGAGUUUUGACUACCGAAAAAGUGUUGAACCAUCCGCCAUUCGGGAGGUUUUGUCGUUCGAAUGUUUGAGUGACAAUCCGAGUGCAAAAAAGCAAUCGAACCACUGCAGAGUGCCGAGUGCCGACCAAAGGAGCGUGCUAAUGUUUUCACAAAACCGGUGAUCGCUUUCUCGAACGGAUUCCUCGAGCCCCGUGGCCACUGAUGCGCCAGAUUUCAUCUCAUCCGCUUCAUCCAACAUCGAUCGAAAUCUCGAUCUAACACAAAUCGAGUCCAGCCCGCUGGACCUAAUUAAUUUGACAAGACUCUUGCGGUUCCCUCGACUAUUCGUGUCCGAUUAAUUAUUCAAAGGAGAAGGCGCCUUCGCUCAAAGAGUUUCGGGUGUCUCGAGCGAUGACGAAUAAAUAAACCCGCGUUUUAUUUCGCCGCAACAGAUCCCAGGCAUUCCACACCACCUCCGCAUAUCCCCCUGCCUCGAACGGAUUCUCCCUCGAAGAAGAAAAUAUACGAGUUUUCUGCAAAAACUAUCCUGCCAACAAUUGGAUCACCAUCUGACCGAUUAAACCAAAUGACGCGACCGCGGUGGUGCUAACAAGGGUUAAAAGGGAGGGCGAGGGAAGAGGAUGUUCCACGGUAGCAGCAGCGGCGGGUAUGGCGCGGGAUCGGAAUACCAACAACAAUCGCAGCAACAGCAACAGCAACAACAUCCAGGCCAGCAAGGACUGCAGGCACCGGUUUACGUGCCUUCCUCGAGGCCGGCGAUUCCAUCGGCUGCAACCGCUGCCCAGUAUCACUCGUUUCCUGGUUCCGCUUCGCCCGCAUGGGAGAAAACGGCGUCAUGGCAACACGGGGUAGACAGCUACGCCGCUCAUCACGCACUCGCGAGUCAUACAGGCGGUUCGGGGGGUGGCAUGGGACCGCACACCGCUCACGGUCAUCCGCACUCGGCCCAUCCUCACACCGGACAUCCGCACACGAGCCUAGCCGCGGCGUCCCCGUUUUAUGCUCAAAAUGUCGCGAUGAUGUCCUCGUGGCGGGCUUACGACGGUGCUGGAUUUCAAAGAGCUUCCCCUUAUGAUACAGCGAUGGAUUUCCAGUUCGCCGAAGGCCGCGAGUGCGUCAACUGCGGAGCAAUAUCAACCCCUCUGUGGCGACGGGACGGAACUGGACAUUAUUUGUGCAACGCGUGCGGCCUCUAUCACAAAAUGAAUGGGAUGAAUCGACCACUCAUCAAGCCCUCAAAACGCCUUAUCUCCGAAUUCCAGACAGCUACAAGACGACUGGGGCUGUGCUGUACGAAUUGCGGUACCCGAACGACGACCCUUUGGAGGCGUAACAACGAGGGCGAGCCGGUGUGCAACGCUUGCGGUCUUUACUUCAAGCUCCACGGUGUGAAUCGACCGUUGGCCAUGCGGAAAGAUGGCAUUCAAACGAGGAAGAGAAAGCCGAAAAAAACGCCGGAGCCAAACGCCAGAUCGUCGUCCGGCGAUCACGAGACUUCGGCUUCUGCGGCCUCGUCGCCUUCCAAUGAGAUGAAAAGCAAUCAACAUCAACAACAACAGCAGCAGCAGCAGCAGCAGCAGCAUCAACACCAUCACAUCGAGGGCUCGAAGAGUUCAUUAUCAUCGGUGUCAACGGAGAGACCGGUUUACCUGGGACACACGUCGCUUCUAGCGACCGGAAGCGUCGUGCCUGCGGUGAAAACGGAGCCUCGGAGCUGCGACAGUCACGUGACACAGGCUUACACACCGUACUACCAGCAUCCGCAUCAGUUAGGAACGACGACGAGCGAGCAUCAGCAGCAGAGUUACUACGGGACCCAGGAGGCCCCUUAUCACCACCAGCACCACGUGACCACCGCGGCGAAACUCCUCGCCUCGUCAUAAACGAUGUUCAUCCAUUAAACCCCAUUUUUUCCGGUUGAAGAAACUCCGGGGCAUCGAGAAAAUACGAAUUGCCGAGUGAUGCGAGCGAAACGCAACGAUGGUGCGAUCGAUCGCAGCAAACAUCCUAUCUCGAGCCAGGACGAAAUUCACACUCGAAUCUUCACCAAGUAUUUAGCCCGCUGCACUUCGUGUUGACCAUUAAAACCUUUCCAUCCAAACUCUCGACUCGGAUCGCCAAGUCGUAGCCACUAGUCGGACGAUAAGCAAAAAUUUAAGUAACUCAAUCAAGUCAAUAACGAAGGACGUGAGUUCGAAAAAUCGCAGUUUACACUGAGACGCGCGAAAGAGCACGAGUCUAGGUGUAACGUCACGAUAUUUUUCUUCUGACUUUCAUUCUCAAGUCCAAGAAAUUAUAUUGCCUUACUCGAUGUGUGAUAUUUAAGUUAUUUAUAUAUAUAUAUAUAAAUAUGUCUCAAUAUAUAUAUCGAAUGUUUAACGUGACGACGAUAUUACUGCGUAUUAGUAUUGUAGAGAGUGUGAGAAAUUGACGUUUGAGCAAACUGGAUACGGCGAAAGGUAAAGCCAUCGUUGUAAACGAAUUUAUUGUGUAAAUAAUGACAAACUUUCUUCGUUAUUUUAGUUACGAUAGUUCGUUACGAAUGAUUGAGAAAUAGCAGGCUUCGAUUCGGUCAUGUUCGAGGCACCAUGUUUCCUUCAUUAUUGUCGAAGCACUUUUAAGUUGAGAAUAAAGCUUCGAGUUGUCCUAGCGAGAACGUUACCGCGAAUCGUACACUUACCGCUCGCAUUUACACGCAUAGUUUAUAAAUACUACUCGUUUUAAGUCUCAAUCAUUAUUUAUAUCGACCACGCCCUGCUCUCGCGAAAAGAGUUCCGACGACAAACAUCGAGAAUCCUGAAGUUCGAUUGGCUGGAAGACAAGGUUUUGAGUCUUUUCGUUCAACGGUCGGCUCCGAAAUUAAUUAUGCCAAAUUCAUUUUCACUCAAAUCUCACAUUUUUCGCGAUUCGAACCUCCAAUUUUACGAGCUUUAAGUCCAUGGGAAAAACUCGUCGAAUCACGAGCGUUCGUUCGCUCGUUGUAAUAUCGAAAAUUUUUUAAUGAAAAAAAAAAAAAAAGAAAAAAAAACGAAAAGGAGAAAAGGUACUCUGAGCUCUUUGUAAAUAUUCGUCGUUACAAUUACGUAGCAUAGAUCCAUUGCUAAUGUCGCUGCUCCGUUUACCUAAAAAAGUAACUAAAUGCUAGAGUUUAAUGUAUGAUUAAUCAUAAUAAAGUUACUAUCUAGUAGUUAUGAGUAAGAAAAAAAGUAACCAACUCGUGUGUACUUAUACAAUAAACGAAGAUUGAAAAUAUCGUUACGAACGAGAAA